UUGAUGGUAUAAGGGACAACAUGGACGGUACAAGGAAACGCAUCCAUCUCACAACGAAACAAGACCUUUAUAAUAUACUGAGAGAUUACAAGAUUAAAAACAGUGAGCGACUACACAUGGACGAUCAUGCAAGUGUGCUUCUCUGGGUGAAGCACAUGGAAAAUGAGCUGGACAAUCCUGUCCUGUUCUUUAAGCAUCAAGGGUGGCUAGACAAGCCAGACAUCCUUUCAAGAAAUGAAAGUGAACUUCUUGACAUCAAUGAUUUCAUGAUUGUAAUAAUGACUGAGCCCCAACGUGACCUACUUGCCAGCUUGGGCAGCGAUCGCAUCUGCAUAGAUGGAACACAUGGAACUACAGGUUUUGACUUCCAACUUGUGACCCUACUCUGUGUUGAUGAGUUUGGUGUGGGCUUCCCAGUAGCAUUCUGCAUUACUAACAAGGUAGAUCAAAAGGCAAUGGAAACCUUCUUCAAAUCAGUGCGGCAGAAACACGGAGAAGUGACAGCCAGGGUGUUUAUGAGCGAUGAUGCCCCAAGCUUUUACAAUGCCUGGCAGGCAAUCAUGGGCAACGUCGAGAAGAGGCUUCUUUGUGCUUGGCAUAUUGAUAAGAACUGGCGGCAGAACAUAAGACAGCACAUCAAGGACAAGGAGCUCAAGCAUUCACAUACAAGGCGCAACCUGUGCAAGCAUAUACAUGCUGUGACUGCAAGUAAGGAGCUUGACUCUGCCAGUGACCACAACACUGCACAGCCUUCAUUUCAGGUGGAAAAUAGCCAAGAAGUUGAGGAAAACUUGACAGGCAAACUCACCGCAUUACAAGCUAUACGACUGCAGGGAACAUGCAAUGGUUCCAAGCGUUCCCUGCUGCUGCUGGAUGCACUCCGUGAGAAACUGCAAGAAACACCUCCCAACAAUGAGUUCUACAAGAUGAAGCAAAUGAACCACAUCAUUGACGAAAUAGUAGGCAACCAACAAGCAGUCGUAGUCAAUUUAGGGGAGGACACAAUUGAGGAGGAGGAGGACAGUAUGGACGAUGAACACUUCGAAUGGCAGUGA